UCGUCAAGUUCGAAGUUUUGUCGCCGUCCGUGGUUUGGUUUAUGAUUGUGUCCGAAAUUUUGCUGCCUGUUUUGCUAUUGAAUUUCCGGAAUUGAAGUCAUCGUACCUGCUGAAUUUCUUUGUUGUCAAGAAAUAUUCUAACCUAACAGCGCAUCUUGUGCCACAGAAGCAGUUGUGCUCUGCCUCUUCCCCUCUAUCAGAAGAUUGCCUUGUGUGGAAGGUCGACUCUAAACUUCAGUCAAUGGGAGGAAUCAAGUGGUUUCCAAAGGAUACAGUUAUUCUAUAUGACGCUCUCUCUGUAUUGGAUGGAUGCCUUAGCUGUGGGAUAGAAGGCUUUUCUUUCAAGUCUUCUUUUCUUUGAUCGCAACUCGCCUCGUCGAUUCUUCCCCUCGUUCCUUUUAUCUUGGACAUUGAGAUGUUUAUGCAAAGCAUUCUUUUCUACCCUAUGUAGGCCAGCACGGUGGGGGGUGACAGAGGACGCGCUCGUACGGUUCA